AUGGCUUCAAUCUCGACUUGGUUCAGAUACAUGGCUCAUAAGCUUGAGUAUUCCCUCACGCUCAGUCUCAAGAGUCAUAGGAGAGAAAAACUGAGUGACCGAGAACUCAUUCAAAUAGUCUGCAAGAAUCUAUUCUAUGGAAAGAUAACCUUCUUACACUCCGAUAAAGGACGGGAAAUGGCCCCAACCAUGGGAGCUCAUGAAAACACACUUCUUAUCCGUAAGAUACCAAUGGCUAAUACGAGGUAUCUAUUCAUUGGAGACGCUGUCGUCUUGAAGGAUCCAAACAAUUCAGAUAAGUAUCUGGUAAGAAGAUUAGCAGCUGUAGAAGGAGUUGAGAUGGUAUCGGGUGAUGAAAAAGAAGAGCCUUUUGUUCUCGAAAAAGAUCAAUGUUGGGUAAUAGCUGAAAACCAGGAGCUCAAAGCUAAGGAAGCAUAUGAUAGUCGAACAUUUGGUCCAGUUUCAACAGCAGACAUUGUUGGAAGAGCUAUCUACUGUCUGAGAACUGCCGUGGAUCAUGGUCCCGUUCGAAACAGUAACACUGCAAUGGGACAAGAUUCUCCAAUUUUGGCUGUAGAAUUGGACGUUGACGAGAUGGCGAAAAACCACAAGGCAUGA